AUGGCUGAAUUCUACGACUCAGACUUACAGAAGCCCAAACCCUCUGGCUCCUUCCCUACACCUCCGCGUGCAUUCCUGACCAUAGCUCAGGGUGACCAAUGGCUUGUGCUAGGGAGGCAGGAAGGAAUGGGCCCUGGGGGCAGAGGUGCCAACUUUUUAUGGAGCAUGAGUAAUGCCCAAAUCCCCAGUCCUGCAGCAGACAAACCAUCCCCCUCAUCGCAGCCCACCUAUGGCAACAUCGUCCAGUACCAGUUCUCCCAGCCCCUGUUUGGGAUCCUUUUCUUGGGGGACAGUUGGUUCCAACCCACCAUGUUCCAAGUUCCACCGGACAACAGCCUAUAUCGACGGUCCUUCCCACCUGCUGGCCUGGUUCCACCCCAGACCCAGACCCAGACUCAGGUACAGUUGUGGAGAACUAGACAGUCUCCAGGGCUGAUUCUUCUCUCCCUAACACCCUGCCUACUCCCCGCACCCCACUGGGCAGGAGAGAUACGAGCCCACCUACUGCCAACCAAGUCUCGCUGGCUGAGGACAACUGAGAGACUUUCCCCAAAGGCUCCUGGCAGCCCACUGCCCCCUCCCUUGCCACAGGAGACACUCAGCAGAACCAAGUCUCUACCCACCAAGGAGACACGCCAAUACACCCUCCACCCCGGCCUGCAGCCCUCACUUUUGAAGGUUCCCAACUGCCAGCAGCACAGCCCCCAGGUUCCCCCUAGCUCUCAGAAGCCCUCGGAGAGCCCCCCCGGCCAGUUGAGCACACAGGCCCAGGACCUGCAGGAGCUGACCUUCAGCACAGAGGACCGUGACCUUGGCUGCUUCUUCAGUGACCUGGGCAGCCAAGAGGAGGUGCUCAUUGGGCUCGUGAGGCGCCAGCUGGGCUCCUUGCGCUGGAUUGAGUCCCAGCUGGAGACCCGGUUCAUGGGCGAGCAGUGGCUGGGGACUGUGGAUGAGUUAGGGGCAGAUCUGUGCCUGCUGGACAACGAGCACUGUGCUGAGAGCAGAGACACCUGGUACUACCGUGUCAGCCAUGCCACCCAGGCUUCCCAGCACAUCCUGGCAGCAAAGGUCCACAAGCCUGACUACCUGGAGCCUGACCCCAAGCCCUCUGAAGCCAGCUGCUCGGCCCUGCAGGGCACCCUCCUGCCACACUUCAAAGUGCAGCGUCUGUGAGGCUGGCUGGCUGGGGGGUCCCGGGCCCUUGGGCUGUGGCGGGAGGAGGCCCUGGCAGUAACCUUGGUGACCGAGGCCCCCAGCCAGACCGUGGCCGACUGGAUUGGGGCUUCGCCAGGCCCCCUGGAGCACCAGGCCUGCCUCCUGCUGCUACAGUUCUGCAUGGCCCUGGAGCAUCUGCAUGGCUGGGGCCUCUGCCACGAGGACCUGCGGCCACAGAACUUGCUCCUGCUCGGCCCCACCGGGCUGCCAGCCCUGCCCCAGCUGCUCCUCAGUAACUUUGCCCUGGCCAAACGGAUGGACCCAGGUGAACUGGGAGCCUCCCCCCACCGGGAGGAUGUGGUCCAGCUGGGUCUGUUGGUAUAUGACCUGCUGCACCUGGACCGGCCCCCGGGAGCCAGCCAUCCCAGCCCCCAUCCCGGCCCGAGCCACUUGGUCCCUCAGCUGCUGCAUGGCCAGCUGUCUGCACGUAAUGCUGGCCAGGUCCUGCAGGUGCUGCUCUGGGGGCCUGAGCCCCCAGCCCUGGACCCACCUCUCCCCUCCUGGCAAGCCCUGCGGCAAGCCCUUAGCUCAUCUCUCCAGACCUGGCUCUAG